GAAAAAGAUAGGGACAUGUUCAGGGGAACGUGACAAAAUAAAAGGUUCAGCGGCUACUUCUCUUGCGUUGGAUAGACGCGCUCCGGAGCGCAUUGAUGCUUCAAAGGCACUGCCUUUUGGUUGCUCUCUCCUACCUGACAUAAAAGAAGCCUUUGGACUGAUUAACUCCAGCUCCAGGAUGGCGAACCUGGAGCCCCCGGCCCGGCAGUAGCCCACAGCGAGUGGGGGAGGGGGGGGCAGAGGUGCGGUCAACAUGGAGCAGGUGGAGGUGGAGCACGGGUACGAGUACACUACCAGGGACGGCCUCCGGGUGGCCAUCCUGCCCCGGGAACGCUACCUUCUGGUCGCCAAGACCAGCGACCACUGGUGGCACGUGAGCAAGGACCCGAGCAGCAAGCCUUUCUACAUCCCAGCGCAGUAUGUGAAGGGGUGCGCGUCCCCAGGCGACGGUCCUUGGGGCACGGGGCUCGAUGCCAGGCCUCCGACGGAGAGUCUGGGUGGAAGUGAACCGUUGGAUGAGUCGUCAGACCUGGGGCCGAUGGGAGGGCCUGCAGGGGAUGCCUGGCCGUCCCCUCUGGAUGAGGAGUUCACGAGCCCUGUGCACCCCAGGACACGAGGAGCAGGAGGAGCAGCAGCAGAAUCCCAACAAUAA